GUGGUUGCCUGCUCCAGUGGUCAGGUGCACUAACAGUAUCUUGUGGACUCAUUCGGUGUGGCGUGAGUAACGGCGCCAUGGCAUCAGAUUCGAUUGAAAUGGCAGCUCUUGGAAGAUCUAUGUUUCCUGGUAUGCUUUAUGACUGCCGAAAGGAUUCCUUCAUUCCAGGUGUUACUCUGUGGAACAAGAAAUCAAUGAAUGACAAUUUGGACACCCAUCCUCAGCCCAGGACUGAUUUGAAGUUCAGCAGCUCUGAUUCCAUCUCUGAUAAGUGUAAUUUAAUGGAUAUAAAUGCUUCCCUGAAAGCCAGCUUCUUGGGGGGGCUUAUUGAGGUGGGAGGAUCUGCCAGAUACCUGCGUGACACCAAAACCUCAAACCAACAGUCAAGAGUAACAAUGUAUUACAGUGAAACAACCAGAUUUGACCAGCUCAUCAUCAGUCAGCUGCAGGAUAUCACCUACCCUCAAGUGUUUGAGCAGAAAACUGCAACUCAUGUGAUCACGGCUGUACUGUACGGAGCCCAGGCAUUCAUGGUGUUCGACAGGACAUUAUCAACGGAUGAGAAUAUCCAGGAGAUUAAGGGAGAAUUAAAUGUAAUGAUCAAAAAGAUCCCUUCAUUUUCCAUUGAGGGAAAAGGGUCUGUAAAAAUGACAGACAGUGACAAGGACAAAGCCGAGAAGAUAUCCUGCACUUUUCAUGGUGACUUUCAUCUUGAGCAAAACCCCACCUCAUACAUGGAGGCCCUGGAUACAUACCAGAAGCUGCCCACACUGCUGAAGGAGAAUCCCCAGAAUGCAGUUCCAAUAAAAGUCUGGCUAUAUCCACUUUGUUUACUAAAUGAUAAUGUAGCCAAGCUGGACGAAAUCCGCUUAAGUCUGAUUUCCAACACUGUAGAUAUAAUUGAAAAGCUGAAUGAAGUCUACAGGGUUUCCAGUGACCUGUCAGGAAAUAUACUGACAAAUGAUUUCAGUGACAUCCAAGAGAGACUUGGCUCAUUUCAGGAAUUAGUUGGCAUCUACAAGAUGGUGUUCCAGAAAGCUGUGGCCAGGGUCUUGCCUGAUAUUCGAGGGGUAAAGGAGGAGGGAUCCCUUGAAGAUAUCCUGAAGAUCCACCAGACCCCUUUUAAUGCAGGGAUGCUAAACCAGUGGUUAAAGGAUGCAAAAUCUGAACUUCACCUCCUAAACUCUUAUAUGGAGAUGCUUGAUGGGAUCAAACUUGAAGAUUCAGAGGUCUCAACCAUCCUUCUUGAUCCUGAUAUUGAUGUUGUGGUGUGCUUGACCAUCACAUCUUUGAGCUAUGAAGACCCUGAUCUCAAAAAACAGGAGGAGUUUCUGAAAUCGGACCAGUUUAAGAAGCUAGAUGGAGCAAACGGCCAUGAAACAGAUGUGGAACCUGUCAGAAAGUGGUUUAACAAUCCUGAUGCCAUCAGACAGAUGAGAGAGAGCUUAACUCAAUUCAGGAGUUUUUCAGUGGCUAAUAAAGAUGAUAAGAGAAUCCGCUUCAUUGUUUCUGCUAUCUCAGAUAGCUCCAAUCCAGUCACUUCCAUUUAUCUGUAUGAAAAAGGAGAUCUGAAAAACACAAAGUUUCAGUUGCCAUCCAAACCUCCACCACCAAUAGUGAAGGAUGUCCAGAACCAAACAGUGUCUCUGAAACUGCAGAAGUCCCCAACUGGAGUCACAGUGAAGUACAGAGUCGAGUACAAGGAGUCAAGCGCUGAUUCUGCUGCUGAAGAAAAUUGGUUUGUCAUAAAACACCUGAUGAAGACUUUACUCUGACUGGAUUGGAACCUGAUAAGUCCUACUUGAUCCGCUACAGGAUAGUGGGUGAAGUGGGAGUGAGUGAAGCCAGUGAUAUCAUCAGCACAA